GAAAAAAAAUGGGGAGGAAGAAAUUAGAACUAAAGAGAAUAGAGUGCCCAAAAGAGAGAAGCAGCAAAUACUCAAAACGUAAAAAAGGAAUUCUAAAGAAGGCAGAGGAAUUAGCGUUGUUGUGCAAUAUUGAUAUUAUCAUGAUUCUCAUUUCUCCCACUGAGAAACCUACCCUUUUCCAUACUCCUUCUAGAUUUUUGAGUCAAAAUUUGAAGGAGUUUCUCGGUACUUCAAUACAAGAACGAGAAGAGAGACGAGCCUACACAACAAAGAUGUUGAAAAAAGUACUGGUGGAAAACAACGAUGAAGAAGUUCCCAUAGUAAUUGAUUAUCUUUCGCCUGACAGAGGUGAAGUGAUCCAGGAUGAUAAAAAGGUCACUGAACUAAGAGAAACCAGGAGAUUGCUUGAUGAGAAGACGUCAAUUUUAGAGGGCUGGAAGAAUGUAGCUGAAGUUAACGAUUUAGGUCGACUGAAUAUCAUGGAAAACUAUUUAGCUUCUUCUAUCAGCCAUAUCAGAAAUAUCCUAAAGGUUAAAAUCCAAGAAGAGCAGCAAACAAUGAUAUGAUUUCAAAAUGAUAAACAUAUUUGUAUCUAACCAGUUCAAGAGGAUAAAAAUAUUAUUUAAUAUCAUAUAUAUAAUUCCUUUGUAGUAUAUAUUAUAAAGUAAUAUUUGUGAUUAACCUAAGUGAAAAUAACAUGCAUGCCUAAUUUGAAGAUGGAUUGUCUUGAAGUCUCUUACUUCUGUAAUUUAUUUU